AUGACGAAAUCUACUGGGGUCCCCAGCGAAGAGUCGAAGCAACUGAUAGAGGCUAUGAAACCAAAACUUAAAAAGAAUCUGGAACCAUCUGAAAUUCUAAAAACUUUAAAAGGCUUUGAUCGAGAAACGCACGAAAAUAUAGUUGGUACAGAGAUUUUAGGUGAUAGAGAAGGAGCAGUCGACCAUCUCAUAGACGCUGUUCUUAAACAAAAUAUCGUUGGGGAAUUUUUUCAGGUCCUGAGACAGACAGGAUAUUUGGAUGAUGGGGACGAAUUGAAAGUACCAGAUGAGACCAUUGAUGUAUAUAGUCCUGCUAGUGGACCGACUGAUCAAGGACAAGAUCUUCCUAUUCAAGGUGAUACCUCACGAUCCGAGGGAGAUGAAGAUGCGAAUGGUUUUUCGGAUGAGGAAGAGGAGAUGGAAGCAUCGGAAAAUGCAGAUGAACUGCCUAUGCGGAAAUAUCAAUAUGAACUGAGCCAAGCCGCCAUUGAAGGAGAAAACACAAUCAUCUGUGCUCCUACUGGAUCAGGAAAAACUCGUGUUGCUCUGUAUAUUGUCCGAAAGCAUCUUAGCGACAUGUCUCAUGGAGGAAAGAAGAAAAUAGUAUUUUUAGCAAGAACCACACUUUUAGUGAAUCAACAGGCUAAAACGUUCCGGAAACAUUUACCUCCGGAAUACAGUGAUAAGGUCUGUGAUGUAACAGGAGAGAGUGGGUUCUCCACGCAGCUGCACACGGCGUUUGAUUUCUAUAAUAUUGUUGUUCUGACGCCUCAGAUAUUAGACAACAAUCUUAAAGAUGGAAAGAUAAAAUCGUUGAGCGAGUUUUCUCUACUGAUACUGGAUGAAUGUCAUCAUACUCGGAAAGGAGAACCUUAUAAUAAUCUGAUGAAGAAAUAUCUGAAAGCCAAAAAUGCGAGAGAAGAUGGGCUUCCUCAGAUUAUCGGGCUGACAGCAUCCCUUGGUGUAGAAAAAGCAACAACAGUUGGAGAGGCGACGAUCAGCAUUUUAAAACUCUGUGCCAAUCUGGAUGUCGAAAAACUCUCAACUGUAACAGUUCAUAAAGAGGAGUUAGAAAGAACCGUUCCUAAACCUGAUGAAAGAAGAGUCAAGUUACAUGGAAGUCGAUGUGACGAAGCUAGAGACCAAAUUCACGACACUAUGUUAAAAAUAGAAAACCACUUAGACGAGGCCGUGUUGACACUGAGAGAUCGUGGAAUAAGUGCAUUGAAAAAAAAGCGACCAUCAAACCUAAACAGUCAGAGUUAUGGUCAGUGGGCGGUGAAAAUAAAACGAUCCACCAUGGAAAUCAUCGGACAGACAGAGGAGGCAAAGGCGUUAACACGUACUAUAAUUGUUACUGCUAGGCAACUAGAGGUGUACAAUGCUUCAAUGGAUAUCCACGACCUGGUGAGGUUAUCUGAUGUUUUAGAAUAUCUAGAGCGAAACCUGACAGACAACCUGGAAAAAGAUAAACAUUUCCCCGUGGAAGAUGAGUUAUCAAAAUAUUUUACAGGCCUGAAAUUAAAUUUACGAAAAAUUGCCAUCAAAGAUGAAAAUCCAAAUUUAAGGAUUUUAAAGGAUGAGAUAAUAAAAUUACGGAACGAGAAAGGAGAUGAUUCGUUGGGUAUAAUUUUUGUCAGAACUCGAGGAACGUGUUAUGCUAUUCGUGAUUGGAUGAAGUCGGAUAGAGAGUUAAGGAAAUUAAAUUUCUGA